UCACAAUUCCGCAUUUAUCAUUGGACUUUGACCCUCGCUAGCGAGAGUGAGUUAUAAAGACGAGUCUCACUGUAUAAAAAGCAGACGACUGCAUGCGUAGGAAUUGAUGUUCGAGCUUUUUCGGAUUCGUUGCCAAAAGCACUGCAUGUACCGACAAAACAUGGAGCAACAGCAGGAACAACUGUUUCAUAAGCUUGGAGAGCUUCCCAUCGUUAAUGACACCUGUCAUCAGGUCUUGGAUAUUUACGAGCGCACCAAAGGGCACAAUUUCCUCUUUCGAACAACCUUUGGACUUGCAGAAGCAACAGCCAGAGUCAUUGCCGGCAAAACACUGCCUAUCAUUACGAAUCACUGCCAGCCGCAGCUCCAGAAAGUAAACAAUGUUGCUUGCGACACUCUAGAUGCACUGGAGGAGAAAUACCCAAUCAUCACUCGUCCUACUGAUGAGGUUCUUCGUGAGGGCAAAGAGAAGUAUGACAAAACUCUUGGCCCAUAUUUGAACCCUGUGAUUCGUCCAGCAGUGGCUGCAGUUAAUGUUGGUGUUUCUGCAGUGAACAUGAGCACUUCUGCGGCCAGUGCUGUUGUGAACAGUGGCAAGCAAUCGGUUGGUGCUGUUGCCAAGCUUGGAACAGAUACUGUUUCUGGCAUCUACACUUUUGGGAAGAACCGUGUGACCAAAGCAGUAGACUAUGGUCUGCAGACUCCUUAUGGUGAAUUCCUUCUGGGGCAGCUUGAUGCCUCAUUGUCUCUCUCAGAGAAAAUGCUUGACAGGUACCUGCCAGAGGAAGGAGAGGGCAAAGAUGAUGGAAAAGAGGUCGAAAGUGACUCGACUUGACCGUAUGAACUUGCUGACACAGCGUCUGCACCACCGCUUGAACAAACGUGCACGGCAAGACUUCAAGCAGUAUCAUGCAUUUACAAAAGAAACAGUUGGGCACUUGACCAAAGUUUUUGAUGUGAUGUCAAGACUGAAGAAUUCUUCUCUGACUGAUGCCUAUCAGGAGGCUCUCAAAGAAUUAACUACGUACAUCGAUAGCCUGCUAGUGAAAUAUUCUGAUGAGAAGCAAAAUCCAGACCUUGCCGCGUCACUCGAAGAAAGUCUCUGCGGCUUGCACACAUCCUGGGGAGCAAUGUGUACCAGAGAUUGAUCCCGCUGGUCGACAGGUUGGAACAAAUGACAGGCAAUGUCAAGCAGCGUUUCUGGGGAGCUGUGGAGUUUGUUAGAGAAUCCAUUCCAUCCUUCCUGGAAAAAAAAUCGUUGGAUGAGAUCUCACCUGAGUACCUAGAGCGAACCAAAGAGCUGCUGCCUAAGAUCCAAGAGUUCCUUUCAGUGGUCAUGAGUAGAGUCACUGACACGCUGGACUGGUUUGCUGUUGAUCUCAACCUUGAGCUGGAUGAUAUGGAGAUUGCUGAUGUUGCAGUGGUUAACUGCAAUGGUGCGGCCAUCCAGCCAGCAGAUUAAGGCAGCAACAGAAACUAUAUUUCAGUCUCUUUUUUAUGUACAUUUACUUCUUAAGACAGUUUCCUUAAAAAAAAUAUCCUGCACUUUUCACAUUAAAUCUGUGCUAAUACCUUUAAGUAGAGGUUUACAGAAGAGACUAUAUCAUGUGCAUAGCAUGAAAUCUCUCUUUGUUUUCAGAUCAUGGACUAUAGUUCUUAAUUUCAAAUCUUUUUGAAGUACACAAUUUUGAAAACUUUGGGAGAAUUCUGCCAUCUCUACACACUCUCUUGCAUUUCAUUACUUAUCGCGGUAUCUUUUAUUAAAGAAUGCUGGGUCAGUUUUUAAUUUUUAAUUGAGAAGUAUCCAUCAUUUUAAAGUAGCAGCUGUGAGAUUAUACCUAAAUGAAGCAUGUAAGUUUUAUUCACACACACAAAAGAAUGGUGGCUUUUGCAACCAUUUUUGCUGUUAUUAGCAAGUAAUAACAGCAGACAUCAACGUAAAAAGGUGUUUGGAAUUUCUGGAAUUUUAGCAUUUAAACUUAAUUAUUCAAUACCUUCUUUUGAAAUCAGUUGAGGCUAUAAUCUUUUUAUAUUCAAGUCCGUCUUUCCAUUUUUUCCUGAUACAAGAUUCACAAUUUAUUUUGAAGCACAAGUUUUAAGUUAAAAGUUGUAUGUGUAUGUGUAUGUGUAAAAUAAUGUCAUGAUAAGCUUACUUUGGCAGGAAGGGAUUAGAUUGAUAAAGAGAAGAGUCUAUUUCUGAAAUUAUGUAAUUGACACUAGUUAAACCCCUACUCCCAAUAAAAUGACCUGAUAUUUCAACAUUUUCUAAACUUUUACACAGGGUUCUCGACGAUUUGUAAACAUUGAAAUGUUUAAAUGCUUUAUCUGGGUGUUACCAUUGCAUCUUUUAAAAAAAGCUUUAAAAACAUUAAUGUUGGGCUAUUUACGCUAUGAUUUAAAUCUGUUGGGAUCUUGAGUAGCUUUUUCUUUUCCUUCCUCAAGUGUGUUGUGUGCAUAAAUAAAUGACAAUUCUAUUUAUGUCAUUACCAGCUUCAUUUGACCAAAUAAAAUGUAUGGACCUUGCCUGGUUUGUAUACA